CAACAAGUUUCUUUGCUUUCGUUGUACAGUUCUUCGUUGAACACCAAGGGAUGGUCCAAAAAAUCCUCUGUUGCACUCUCCAUCUCCAUGUCAGAGUAAUGAGUUUUGAGUUAUCACCACCAAAUUGAUGAGACAAUGGUCAAGUAUGUGGAAAGGCUGAUGGAAGAAAGAGGGAAAAAGAUAGAAAGUAACAAAGAGAGAUAAAGUCUCAAGUACAGGAAGCAAAACAGAGAAAAAGUAUAGUCUUUUCAUGUCAAAUUCUUCAUUGUUUUGACCAAUGAUGUCAGAUUGAUUUGUGAUAAGCUUAGGAUAGAGGAUUAGGUGUAUACCACCCGCUUUUGUUUCAAGGGUACACUGAAAAUUAUUCAAGAUUGGAUCUCGAAAUGAAGAUAUGAUCUUGCCAUUGCUCGUUUAUAUAUAAACAGAAUAAAAAUAUUCCAGAAAGAUAACUCACAGAGCAUUCAACAGAGAUAGAGAAAAAAUAAAAAACAAAAAACAAAUGUUUGAUGUACUUUCUCUUCCACUGUCACUUCUCCCAUCAACACCACCAGCAACACCCGCCAAGCCUCUUCAAUGCCCUGCCACUACUCCUAUACGACGUCGUUUAUACACCAAACCAAGCCCUCUUCUCUCUCGUCCUUUCUCUUUCACUUCCUCUCCCAAACAACCCCUUAAUUGUUCUUCCUCUUCCAUGCCCUUUCAAGACUCCUCUUCGUCCCAGUUGCAGGACAGUUUGUUGUAUUCGAGGGCAUAUUGGGUUAGUAAAACUAUAAUAGCGUGGAAUGUAGACGUUGGGGAUGGUUCCUGCUACUUGUAUGCAAGUAAAGUUGCUGCUUUAUCUGUUACAGAUGAUGGAAUUCAAGGCCUGGAUGCAGAAAUUAAACUUGAGGAAGACAGCACCGGGCUACCUCCAAAUGUAAUUGAGAAGUUUCCUCAUAUUCAAAAUUAUAGAGCUUUCAAAGUGCCUCCUGCUCUGGACACCAAAAGUCUCCUCAAAUGCCAAUUAGCAGUUGCUGCAUUCAACUCCCAUGGAAAGUGCAGCAAUGCUACUGGUUUGCAGUUACCUGGUAUCCUGGAUGAAUUAUUCUCAUAUGAUGGUCCUCUUGGUGCAUUUUAUUUAGAAGAGGCGGUGUCUCUAUACCUUUGGGCUCCCACUGCCCAAGCAGUGCAUGCUCAUAUCUAUAAGGAUCCAGUGGGUGGGAGUCCCCUGGAAAUAAUCCAGCUGGUGGAAACUAAUGGUGUUUGGAGUACUAAAGGGCCAAAAAGAUGGGAAGGCUGUUACUAUGUGUAUGAAGUAUCUGUCUAUCAUCCUAGCACCUUGCAAAUUGAAAAAUGCUAUGCAAAUGAUCCAUAUGCAAGAGGGCUUUCAUCAGACGGAAGGCGAACUUUGUUUGUUAAUCUUGAUUCCAACAGUUUAAAACCUGAAGGAUGGGAUGAAUUGGCAGACAAGAAACCUGAUAUACUGUCUUUCUCUGACAUAAGUAUAUAUGAAUUACACAUACGGGAUUUUAGUGCCAAUGACAAAACUGUUAAUCCUGACUUUUGUGGCGGUUAUAUGGCCUUCACCUUACAGGACUCAGCAGGAGUGCUCCAUUUGAAGAAAUUAUCAAAUGCUGGCAUCACUCAUGUUCAUUUGCUGCCAACAUUCCAGUUUGCUGGUGUUGAUGAUGAGAGUGAGAACUGGAAGUAUGUGGAUUAUAAGAUUCUGAAGAAACUACCACCAGAUUCAGCUGAGCAACAAGUGCAAAUUACUGCCAUCCAGAAUGAUGAUGCGUAUAACUGGGGGUACAAUCCUGUUCUCUGGGGUGUCCCUAAGGGAAGCUAUGCAAGUGAUCCAAAUGGCCCAUGUCGUAUAAUUGAGUUUAGAAAGAUGAUUCAGGCACUCAACCAUAUUGGUCUUCGUAUUGUGUUGGAUGUUGUCUAUAAUCACUUGCAUGCAAGUGGUCCUUUUGAUAAGGAUUCUGUUCUUGAUAAGAUUGUUCCAGGUUACUAUCUGAGAAGGAACAAUGAUGGUUUUAUUGAGAACAGUACAUGUGUGAACAAUACUGCUAGUGAGCAUUACAUGGUUGAGCGCUUGAUUAUUGAUGAUCUUUUGAGCUGGUCAAUCAAUUACAAGGUUGAUGGGUUUCGUUUUGAUCUUAUGGGUCACAUAAUGAAAAGUACGAUGGUGAAAGCAAAAGAUGCACUGUGGAGGUUAACAAAGGAAAGAAAUGGGGUUGAUGGUUCAAGAAUCUAUAUAUAUGGUGAAGGAUGGGACUUUGGUGAAGUUGCUGAAAAUGGGCGUGGGAUAAAUGCUUCACAAUUUAACAUUUGUGGGACUGGAAUAGGAAGCUUUAAUGAUCGAAUUCGGGAUGCAAUGCUUGGUGGAUCUCCAUUUGGUCAUCCUCUCCAGCAAGGCUUCAUAACAGGCCUGUUUUUGGAGCCUAAUGGUCAUGAUCAUGGUACAAAAGCAGUUGAAAGAGAGAUGCUUGCUUCAGCAAAGGACCACAUCCAGGUUGGUAUGGCUGCAAAUUUGAGGGAUUUUGUGCUUACUGAUUUUGAAGGAAAGGAGAGGAAAGGAUCAGAAGUUUUCACUCAUGGUGGGACACCUGUUGCUUAUGCUUUACUCCCCACAGAAACAGUCAAUUAUGUUUCAGCCCAUGACAAUGAAACCCUAUUUGACAUUGUCAGCUUGAAGACACCAGUAGAAAUAUCUGUGGAAGAGAGAUGCCGGAUAAAUCAUUUUGCAACAACUAUAAUUGCACUGUCACAGGGAAUACCAUUUUUCCAUGCUGGGGAUGAAAUGCUACGCUCGAAAUCACUUGAUCGUGAUUCAUACAACUCUGGUGAUUGGUUCAAUAGACUAGACUUCACGUACCAUUCUAACAACUGGGGUUUUGGCCUUCCUCCAAAAGAGAAAAAUGAAAAGAAUUGGCCACUAAUACAGCCAAGACUGGCAGAUCCAUCCUUCAAGCCUCAAAGGAGUCACAUCCUUGCAGCAGUAGAGAACUUUAUGAACGUCUUACGCAUUCGGUAUUCUUCACCUCUUUUCCGUUUAAGGACAGCCAAUGCUAUCCAGCAACGAGUACGGUUCCACAACACUGGUCCAUCAUGGGUCCCUGGCGUCAUUGUGAUGAGCAUUGAAGAUGGUAACGAAGGUGUCCCAGGGAUAUCUCAGUUAGAUCCCAACUUCUCAUACAUUGUGGUUAUCUUCAAUGCAUGUCCAACUGAGGCAUCAUUCAUUAGCUCUACACUGCGAGGAAGGGCUCUUCAACUGCAUCCCAUACAGGUGAUGUCAACUGAUGAAGUUGUCAAGAACUCAUCGUAUGAAGCAUUGUCGGGGUGCUUCACUGUGCCUGCAAGAACAACAUCAGUGUUUGUUGAGGCUAGAAAAAAUUUGAACAAUUUGUGGUGCUGAAUUUGUCCCUGAACAUGCAUUUUAUGUUUGUUAAAAUUUGGUGCCUUGUCAGAGGGUUCUCCCUUAUGCAGAGGUUCUUAACUGCAGUAGCAUCAAGACUUGACUAGAGAUCUGGAAUGGUAAGCUACCUGCAUCAAUUAGACCAUAUCAUUGGUAAUAACUGGAUGCUUAAUGCGUUGUGAAGGUGGAGAGCAGAUACUAAGCAGGAUUAGCAUUACAAAGUGAUGAUUAAAGAUUUCAGUGUUCAGUGUAGACAUUGAUGAGCACAGAUGAAUGUUGGAACCUUUCACUUUUGUAAUCGUGAUUUAUACUGUUCUUUUCUCUUCUGUUAAGGAAGCUACCUGAAGCCUUCAAUGAAUGUAAUGGAUUUUUACAGUUGAACAGAUACUUGCAAAGGAUGAAGCAUGCUUUCCCAACAAAAUGUGCCAUCAUGUUUUUUCUAUUCAUCUGUAUAAUAUUUGGUUCGUACAUGUACCAAGAUGUGUAUUGUCACAAUUCUAUUUGACAUAAUGCUAGUCUCUAAUGAAUUCGUACU